AAAUCCCCGCGCUCCCUCCGCCAGUGUUCACCAGCGCCCGCGGCCUGGCGCCAUGAGCGGCCUCUUCGGGCGCGCGGUGCUGAGGGAGGCGGUGUGCGGCUCGCGGGCCUGGGUGCCCAGCCUGCUCGUGCGCCCCUGCUCGGGAGGGCCCUCCUGGACCCUGGAGCGGACCCUGGUGGCCGUGAAGCCAGAUGGGGUGCAGCGGCGGCUUGUUGGGGAUGUGAUCCGGCGUUUUGAGACGAGGGGCUUCAAGCUGGUGGGGGUGAAGAUGAUUCAAGCGCCAGAGAGCAUCCUUGCUGAGCACUACCACGACCUUCAGAGGAAGCCCUUCUACCCAGCCCUCAUCAGCUACAUGAGCUCUGGCCCCGUGGUGGCCAUGGUCUGGGAAGGCCCCAAUGUGGUCUGUACCUCAAGGGCCAUGAUAGGGCACAUGGACUCAGCUGAGGCUGCCCCCGGCACCAUUCGAGGCGACUUCAGCUUCCACAAUGCACUGGACAGUCUGGCAAGUACAGGAAUUCAUGAAUUACUUGAUGACCGCCAAGUUGGCAUCGGCGAGGGCGGCAGAAUGGUCUACGGGUCUGGUCCCCAGUAG